AUGAGACACAUACUAAUCGUGAUAUGUGCCAAUAAAAUCGAUCUUAGGGAUGCUUGGUUCACCGAAACCGUUUCUACGGAAGAUGGUGAAGCGACAAUGGGCGUUUUGUUUGCAGAAUGCAGUGCCCUGAAUGGUAUUAAUGUUGAAAAAGCUCUGAUGAAUUUGAUUAGAGAGCUGGUGGUGACGGAAGAUGUAGAAAUUAGUGGAACUGGUGUAAUUAUCAUGUCGAAAUUUUCAAAGGGAAGAAGUAAUUCAUGUUGUUUUUGA